UGCUGCUUUGCAUAGGAACAGUGUAAAUAAAUAUUAUAAUAGAAAUGAAGAAGAAGAUGAAAUUAUCGAAGAAAAACAACAGUUGAUAACCCAUUAUUUAUUGACGCGCGUGUGGAUUCCGCAAAAGGGCGUAGAUGAAUUGAGUUCUUUGCGUGAACCUCAUAAGAAUACCUAUGGUAACAGUCGAGCUCCAGGAACUAUGACAUGGAGUGGAACUCCAAAUAGCACAGUUUCUAACGCAAAUGGUGCACAUCGUGUAAGCACUGGAAGUACUGUUGGUGGAAGUGGUACAAGCACUAAUACAAGCAGUGGUGAAUCUCGACCGCAUAGUGACGAAGUAACAGAUACUAUUCAAAAUACUUCAAUUACUUCAAAAUUAGAUAGGGCUGGGCCCAUUUCUGACAAAGAAAGUGGUAGCAUAAAAGAAAAAAGAAAUAUCACUGAAAAAGUUGGAAGCUUCUUUUUUGGUUCUCGAAGUAGUUUGGAUAAAACAAGGGACGAAAAGGAAAAAGAUGAAAAGAACAAAAAUGGAGAUGUAGAUACUGAUUCUCUAUAUGAUGAUUGCUCCGAAGAAAGUAUUAGAACUCAAUCUGAACAAACUAACAAUAAAAGAGCAAGUUGGCGUGCUAUGAGGGUAAUGUUUGGAGGGCAUGAAACCAAUGAACCACUAAAGAGUCCUACCGCUAUGAUAAGAUCUUCGUCCCAUUCCAGAAGUUCGUCCAGUGGAGAAUUGCAUCCAAAAAAUCAUUCUGCGACUUUUAUAAAGUCGCAUGGACGUACAUCUUCAGCCAACCCUAAAUCUUUUACAUCACGCAGAUCGUUAGAAGAGCCUCGUUCUUCUGCACCUCCGCCAUUACUUCCUAAACCACAAACUUUAAUGCAACGUAGUUCAAGUGCUUCAUCUGCAAAUAGUAUGGGUUCAAGUGCUAGUGCUACUAAUACAAGUAUUCCGGGAAAACGUA